GGAGCAUUACACAAACUUCUGGAUCUUUUUUGUGGCGACCGAUCGUCAGACGUGCAGGAUGUUCACACGGAUUCUGGCGGAGGCUUUAGCUGCUGCAGCUCCUCGUCUGCACCAAUAACAGGAACACAGGCGAGAUGAAGCUGAUCCCACUGGCUCGUCCGUCUCUCUGGGGUCUCCUGCUGCUCUGCCUCUGCAGCCGGGCCGAGGCCACUGGCAACCGAAGCUCCAGAGGACACACAGGGUCGUCGCAGGAGAGGACGGGGACGUGCGAAGUGGUCGCUGCUCAUCGCUGCUGCAACAGGAACAAGAUCGAGGAACGCUCUCAGACGGUCAAGUGCUCCUGCUUCCCGGGGCAGGUGGCGGGGACGACGAGGGCCCGGCCCUCUUGUGUUGAUGCCUCCAUCGUGCGUCAGAAGUGGUGGUGCCGGAUGGAGCCGUGUCUGGAGGGGGAGGAGUGCCGCGUUCUCCCUGACCUCACGGGCUGGUCGUGCAUCUCCGGGAACAAAGUGAAGACCACAAAGGUGGCGCGGUAG